AUGCAGGGGUACGUCUCUCUGGUGGGUCCCCUGCACGCCGUCCAAUUACUCCGAGCUGCCAUCCUUGUUGCUUCUGCUCCCUCCUCUGCAUCUUCCUCCUUCACGCCCAAUAAGAGUCGAUUCCAACGUGAUGGAAGCAAGGUCCUCCCCAGUUCCCCGGCUGCAGGCUGA